CGGAUUUAGUCGUGGUUUCUUUCUGGUUUGUGCUAAAAUCCAAAAAGGAGUUUUUGGAUCCUUGCACAGCUUGAUCAGGCUAUUUUCCUCUUUAACUUUCGGCCGUGUAAACGAAGUUACGUUGUCUAAUCCCCGAAACAAAUGCAAACCGCAGCCAGUGAUGAGGUUUUCUUUGUGGUUUUCACUUGAGGUUUGUUGAAUUACACUUGACGACUUUUACGCAGGUACGCAUUCACUGCAGACCUGCUACAUUAAUGCUGGCGGAGAAGCUACCACUCUGGCCGUAGGCUGCCUCAUGUGCUUCUUGCUCUCUCCUCUGGGUGGACGAAGGACAACAGCCGAGGAGCCAUGGGUGAGAAGAAGAAGAAGAAAGCAUCUAUGGUGGUGAAGCUGUGGGAGUUUCUCAAGAACGUCAGGCAAACUCCUGUUCCAUUCGAGCCAGUCGAGAGCUGCGACUUCCUUGACAGGAGUGACGACUUGGUGGUUUCAGAUUUGGAAGGCACUCUCCUCAGGUCAGCCAGCUAUUUCCCGUAUUUCCUCCUGGUGGCCUUCGAGGCCGGAAGCGUCCUCCGAGCAGCUAUUCUUCUCUUCGCGUAUCCGGCAAUAUGGCUUCUAGCAUCCCAAGCGACAGCGAUUCAGAUAAUGACUUUCAUCUCCUUCAUCGGCAUCAAGGUGUCGGUGAUCGAGCGAGUUGCGGUGGCCGUGCUCCCGAAGUUCUACCUGGAAGAUAUGCACCUCCACGCCUUUCGGGUCUUCACGGCUUGCGGCACCAAGUACGUGAUCACGGCGUCGCCUAGAGUGAUGGUGGAGCAUUUCCUCAAGCACUACCUGGGAGUGGACGUGGUGCUGGGGACCGAAGUUCACGUUGCUCGAGGCGGCUUUUGCACGGGAUUUCUCCAGAGCCCGGGAGUUCUAGAAGGGGGAAACAAGGCCUUUGCUGUGCGGAAGUACCUGCGAGACAGACUACCGGACCUGGCAUUGGGCUGCAAGAGCACGGAUUUUCCAUACAUGGCACUGUGCAAGGAAGCCUUCGUCGUUCUAAACAGCUCCAAUGCCCCGGCGGUACCGCGGGACGAGUACCCAAAGCCGCUCAUAUUCCACGACGGUAGAAUCGCGUGCCGCCCGACUCCAGCAAAAGCUCUCACGCUCCUCCUCUGGUCGCCAGUCGGCAUCCCCCUCGCAUUCCUCCGCGGCUCGGUGCCGCUCCUCAUCAACGACACCCGCAUCGUCGUCCUCGUCUGCGCCUUGCUCGGCGUCCGCAUCCGCGUCAACGGCGCACCGCCCACCACCAGCAGUACCAACAAAGGUGGCGGCACGCUCUUCGUCUGCUCGCACCGCACGCUGCUGGACCCGGUGUUCCUCUCGGGCGGCGUGCAGCGCAGGGUGUCGGCCGUGACGUACAGCAUCAGCCGGGUGUCCGAGGUGCUGGCCCCGAUCAAAACGGUCCGGCUCACACGCUGCCGGAGCCAGGACGCGCGGCGCAUGCACAACAUCCUCUUGGACGAGUGCAAGGAUCUGGUGGUGUGUCCCGAGGGGACGACGUGCCGCGAGCCAUACUUGCUGCGAUUCAGCUCUCUCUUCGCGGAGCUGUCCGACGCGAUCGUCCCGGUAGCCAUGGACGCCCGCGUCCAGCUCUUCUACGGCACCACCGCUCGCGGCUGGAAGGCGCUCGACCCGCUCUACUUCCUGAUGAAUCCCCGGCCCGAGUACGAGAUGUGGUUCCUGGAUCAGCUGCCGUGGGAGAUGACUUGCGCGGCCGGGAACUCGGCUCACGACGUUGCGAACUUGAUCCAGAGGAGGAUCGCCGACAAGCUGGGAUUCCAGUGCACGAACUUGACGAGGAAGGAUAAGUACCUGAUGCUGGCCGGGAACGAGGGCGGUGUCGCCAACAAGCAAAAGAGCUUGCGGCGGUCCAUGAAGCGGCUGAGGAGCAAGAUGGGGAGCUAAAGAAUAGAGAAGCUCUCCUACCGACGUGGAUCUGACGUGGUAGUGACGUGUGCCUUGUCACUUGAGAAGAAUGAUCCAUGCGAGAAUCUGAGCAGUACUUCUGAUUGGUUUCCACAAGUGUUAGACUGCGAAUCGUUUUGGCAUCUCGUCUCUUUCCUGCGAAGCAGAGGUGCCGUGUUUCUCUGUGCUUCUCGAACUAUAGGCUGCGUUGGAACUGAGAUCCAGCAUGGGAAACAUCGUUUGUAGACUGAUGUCCAUGGUACCUUUCAACGACAAAUGGGCAACAAGGACAGAUUAGAUGUAUAGCCAAUUGUUACACACUCCAUGAGCAAUGAUCUUUGCUUUGAAAUGGUUUUCCCGAAAGUUUCGUGUCA